UUCCAAAUCUUCCAUUUUCGAUACCCUUGUGGUGCAGGUGAGUGUUGGGAGUGAAAUCCUUCGUGGUUUCUUUUUUCGGACACAAGAAGUUAUUGUUUUGAUGCGAAGGAAAACGCUUCCUUCUCCGUCGACAGCCGAACUGCGAGCCAAGUUUCGGGGCGCCUCUCUCUUCCGAGCACACAUUCUCGAGUGUGAAGUCUUACCUUGACAGAGAGGAUGGAUUCGGAUUCGAAACCAGAAGUGGAUUAUCCGACGGUGGUUCCUAUAUGCGCACCUGCAGACGAAAAGUUAUAUUCCGGCGACAGCAAUGCCUCCAGUGAGGUUAUCAACGAGGACGACUCUUUCUACGUUAACAUGACCACCGAAGACCUGCUGCAGCCUGGUCACGUCGUCAAAGAACGAUGGAAAGUGGUGAAAAAAAUUGGUGGUGGUGGAUUUGGGGAAAUCUACGAAGGCCUGGAUCUGGUGACGAAGGAGCUGGUGGCGCUGAAACUCGAAUCCGCCAAGCAGGCUAAACAAGUGCUCAAGAUGGAGGUGGCCGUGCUCAAGAAGCUGCAAGGCAGGGAACACGUGUGUCGCUUCAUCGGCUGCGGACGCAACGACCGCUUCAACUACGUCGUGAUGCAGCUGCAGGGCAAGAACCUCGCCGAAUUGAGACGGAGCCAGCCCAGAGGUGCCUACAGCCUCAGCACCACCCUCAGGCUAGGGCUGCAGAUCCUGAAGGCCAUAGAGAGCAUCCAUGAGGUCGGAUUCCUACACAGAGACAUCAAACCGUCGAACUUCUCGAUGGGUCGUCUCUCACACAACAACCGCAGCGUGUACAUGUUGGACUUCGGUCUAGCACGGCAGUACGUGACGGCGACCGGGGAAGUGCGCCCGCCCAGGGCGGCGGCGGGGUUCCGAGGAACGGUCCGGUACGCCUCCAUCAACGCACACAGAAACAAAGAAAUGGGUCGCCACGACGACCUCUGGUCUUUAUUCUACAUGUUGGUCGAGUUCGUGAACGGGCAGCUGCCUUGGAGAAAAAUCAAAGAUAAAGAACAAGUGGGCCUGAUGAAGGAGAAGUACGACCACCGCCUCCUCCUGAAGCACCUGCCCUCCGACUUCCGCCAGUUCCUGGACCAUAUCUACUCCUUGGACUACCAUAUCCGUCCGGACUACGCCAUGUUGUCCAACCUGUUCGAGCGCUGCAUGAAACGCAGGGGCAUCAAGGAGAGCGACCCCUUCGACUGGGAGAAGCACUACACCGACAACUCCGCCACCACCACUGUCACCACCUCGCCGGCCGUCAUCUCCAAGCCUCCGCUCGCAGGGACGGUCCCUCCCGGCACACACGGAACGGACAAUAUGCUGGAUGACAACAUCAUGGCGAGCUACGAGGACCACGGCGAGAACGAGACCGGGGUGAAGCGCGAGACCUCUAAGGAGAACCUGACCAAGGGCCUUUCCCUCGAGGGACGGCCGGACAACGCUCACCCGAGGCCCCUCAUCGAGAACAACAACAACAACUAUUACGCCAACAACAACGCGCUCAAGCAGGAGGAGGUCGCUGACAAGCUGGAGAAAAUGGAGAUCGAGGACGAGGACGAAGGCAAGGAGCACGUGAAUGGUGCCGAACCCCUAGAAGAUGUCGCCAACCUUCAAGGCACGCCGGACACAGAUCGCGCCAAGGAGUUCGCCAAGCUCUGCAUCAGUGACCACCCGUUCAAGGAAGAAUCAGGCGUGGGCAGUAGAGGCACAAGUCCACGACCCCGAGAGGGAGAUGGGGGCAGCAGUCGAGAGGUAUCCUACCGGCAUCCGGGAGGCGGUGAUGGGGGUAAACAACCCCUCUCUGUCCUCUCCACUACCGACUCGAAGUUGCUUCGGGAGCCUCGCGAACACCGCCACCGACGCUACCAUUCCGGAUACAAGUCCCGUUACUCCCGAGAUAUCUCCAUUACGCAGAUGGCGCUGGCGGAGGACGACAAUAUAUCUGCCCUGCAACAGGUAACAAAGGGCGGUGCAGCAGCGGUAACGUUGGCUUCCAAAUGGCAGGUGUCUUUCGAUGACAGUGAAGAAACCGAUAAUGAAGUGGAAGCCAAAGACAACCUCACUUCCCCCGAGCACCGACCCCUCAUCGCUCAAGAUUCCCCAUCCAAAUUAUCGCACGCUGGGCCCACCUUCUGGUCCAAUUCUGGAGGCACUCCCAAGUCGGGAUCCAAUCACGCUGCCCAGAUGCAGCUCUUGACUCUUGCCCUCAGGGAGCGCGAACGCAUGAAGCGCAUGGAAAAGCAAACCGGCAUGCACCAGAUGAGCUCCGCAGAAAUGGAACUCCAGAGGUACAUGGCAAGCCUCAACAAGGCUUUUAGCGAUGUUGAAGAAAAGUGGCGAAAGAGCGGAGUUCUCGGUCGCGCCUAUCCUAAGGAUCUUUUGAUUAGUGCCAGGACAUGGAGUUGUCCGAACCUGUCUCCAGGAGUCCAGGCUCUCCCUCUGAAGUAUAGCGCUUCAGAUACCAACCUGCAGGAGCUUCAAAGAAACGACGACAGUAGAGUGCAGGAGAAGAGAAACGUGCCUUCAAGACGGCAUUCGGCGGACAUUCAAGUGAGCUCGAACGUCGUCGGCGAGUUCAAACGAUGGUCGAUGGGUUCAACUUUCGAAAAGAUUACCAAAAAGUUACCAAAGAAGGAAGAGAGCCAUGUCAAGUCGAGCGAGGAGGCCCAUAACGAAGGCAUCAAGUCAGCCCCCAUCCCAGCGAGCGUGAAACCAAAGGGUAUCCUCCGAAAAUCGGGUUCGGAUCAGCCUCUCGUGCAGACAACACAUCGACACGAGCCCAACGAGAAGGUUUUCAGCAACAAGUUGAUUGUUACUACCAUCGAAUGGGAAUCCAAUGACAAAGUGGGUAAUGUUGUCAAGCAUGAAGUGGAGAGUCCGACCCUAGAGAGGCAGUCUCCUGCCACCCCCUUAGCCGACAUUGCGCGACUUCACCUCGAAGAGCCCUCUGUCUAUUUCGAUGCACCUCAACCCAACGAGGAGGAUUCGGACGAUGCCAGGCGAAACGGGGGUGCAGAUGACGAAGAGUUCGACACUCCACCCAAGGACGACCAUCACUCGGCCAGUCCGAACAUAUCAGAGACCCGCUACGACGACGCGCUCCAGUACAGGAAGAGGUCCCCGACGCCCCCGAACAGAUCGGGCAUCAUGUACUCCUCUGGGAUGCGCCGGAAACUGAAGGACGUUGACUUCCACGUCGCCGAGGCGGUCAUCGAGGAGGACAAGGAGGGCGGCUCGGCGUCCGAUUGUCAGUCGCCUAGACGACAAGACUCGGUGACACAGACGCGUCCGCCAACCGAGCCACCCUUCUCGCGAUCGGGCAACAAUAGUGAGGACUUUGUCCGGUCGACAAUUCCUGUCCACAUGAUGGACACCUGUCGCGAACCCACUCCAGAAACAGACUCUGAUAGUUGGAGGGUUCCCAAGACGGGCUCGGAGGAGAGCAUACGACCUCCCUACAUGCUCAAGCCUUACAACAGGAGGCGUCCACGAUCCAUGAUUGAAGGGAAUCCGCGAUUAUCCUACCCAAGGGAUGGCCCCAAUGGGAAAUAUGCUACGGAUUUCGGCGCGAAGCCAUACCGUUCUGGUGAAAAGUCGCCAAGAACGUCUACUCCUAUGUUUCCGGCGCGAUGUGGUGUUAAACAGAAGACUCCACCGCCAGCUUCCGAGUUGGCGAAUGACGGUGGUGUGCAGAGCUCCCGAAGUGCAUCUAGUUCCCGGGAAGAAUCUGACUAUGUAGAAGCCAAUAACAAGAUGCCUCUCACGCAGAAACGUAGUGACUUUUUCACUAGGAGCAUCAGUUGGGACGCCAAGUUUAGGAAGGAGAGAUCUCCGAACUCAAGGAAGGCCGCCGAAGACAAGUACGUCAGGGCAGACAUGAACGACUGGAGGGGAAGGUACUCGAGGAGACGCCAGCGGGCUGUGCUGUCCGGCAACAGCGAAUCCCGAAUUCCGAGGCCGAAGGGGCGGCUGAAGUCUGCGGAGUCGGACGAACCAGUGGCGAAUGACGUGCAGCAGCAGUCCGAACAGAGAUGCGCCCGUUCGUCCGGCGAAGUGAAGUCCCCGGUGUCUUCGUCCCUGCCUACCCUCCAGAACGAGAGAGUGCUGCAAACGGAGGUGCAUAGAAACUGCAAGAGCGAGGUACUCAUACCCAGGUUCAAGCCUGAGGGCGGCUCUUCCUAUAGCUUGCAACCCAGAGAGAUUUGCUCCACGUUUCAGGAGAAGGCGCUACCGCCCCCUCACCCCGAAGGAUUUGCCCAUGACGGGCAGUGAGUCAUCAUGAGCUCCUGUGAUGCACGGACACUUGCAAAAAAAAGAAAAAAAAAACUGUAUUUGCUUUUUCAAGAAAAAGGAUUUUUGUGGACAGAAAUUUUUUGCAAGAUCUAGUCACUCCGUAGGCAGUUUAGGACAGAAACAAAUGACUUAUAAGAGAUACUCUAAUAAUAAAUAAAUAACAUAACUUCCAAAAAAAGAAAAAAAAAGUGGUCUGCUUUGUUUUCGUCGGGGGAAAAAAAACUUGUAAAAGGAAACCUCUCCGAUUUCAAAUUCUCUACAUAUAAGCACUCGUCUCCCAUAAGAAAUAUAUCUCUUGGAGAAUUUUUUUUCCUUCCAAAACACAAAAUCCCGCAAAUGCUUAUGCUGCUGGCAUCUUGUGAAGCUUCUUAUUCUAUUAUUUUUUUCAAAAGAAUAUUUAGUUCCCUUUUUGGACAAACGAGUCAAGAACUGUUGCUAAGGCGAUUCAUUGGAAUUUCAUCUCUGUGAUCAGUACGUGUGUUCAACAGUGAAAAAAAAAAAAGCAUUUCAUUUUUAGUAUUAUUCUGUUAAGGAGACCCCAGCCACUACCAAGCUUGAAUGUCGGCACUACUUAGAUUGUUACGAAGAAGUGAAAUGCUGCAGGUAAGAUUUGGCAGGUUUCUAUGAGGGGGUUACACUAAUGGAACAGUAUCUCAUUUUCUGUACAAUGAACAGGCAUUUUUGGUGGAUUUGUAAUCCAGUAAAAGUAUCAAAUACAGUAGACUGGUACUAUAACAGCCAUUCACUUGAUAGAAAUUAAUGCAUUAAAUAAUUAAAACUUUCUACUUUCACAUCCAACAAGAUGUUCUUUCAGAAAGGACAUGGUGUAUGUUCAUUUGUAAUCAUAAUAACUCAUUAAUUAGUGAUCACAAAUGACUAUAUAAAAUUUUCCGUGAAAAAUAUACCUACUUUACUUAAAAAUUUUUGCUAUGAUUUAAAUUUUAAAAUGAAGGAAGUAUUAAUUAUUUUUAUUUAAAAAGACAAAUAGCUUUAUUCUUUUUUCUCUAUAUAUAGGCGUAAAUAUUGAAUUUUGUUAAUUUUUUUUCUUUAAACAGCUUAAACUAUUAAUACCCAAAUUAAUAUAAAGCAUAAAUUAUGUUCACAAUUAUCUUAAUCAUGAAGUUUUAAGUUAAAGAUUUCGUUCCCAAAUUUUAAUGGUUACUAUUGAGUCAGUCAGUGAAUCGACAAGUUUUUUACAUUAGUAGUUACUUAACCAAACAGAUAAACUCAUUUAGAAUUAAAAAAUAAUUUUAUAAAAUAUUAUUUGUAUUUAAAACAUUGGAAAAGCAUACCGAUUCAAUUUGGCUUAGGCUUUCAAACUUUAAUGGAUUGUUAUAGCAUAAGUCUACUGUAUUCUCUGUCUGUGGGUGUGUUAACAGAAAUAGUUUUAUAUGAUUAUUCGAUAAAAGUCAAAGCUUUUUUAAAUGUUCUAGUAAAAAUGAAAUUAGCAAACGGGUAUUCUAGUCAUACUUUUACUUGCAAAGAUAUUUUCUAUCAUAUUUCUGCUUGCAUUUGAAAUACCUUAAUAUCUACUUGCUUUUUGUACAAACAUAUAUCAGUAUAUAUACAGUAUUCCAAAUUCAAAAACUACCUGUAUUUGAACAUACUGAUUUGUUAAAAGCAUGCUUUUCAAAAAUAGAGAAAUGUUUGUUUGGAACAUCAUUUUUAAGUCUGAAGACAAUCAGAUAAUGCUGUUUAUUGCUUUGAAAUUUAAAUAGUGAAAAGAACUUUAGCUGCUUAUAGUGAUAUAGAAAAAAAAAAUCAGCAAGAUCUUUUAAAAAUUGGAUUAAAAUUAUAAAAUCUGAUAAAUAUUGCUGAUUGAACAUGGAUAAUUUUUCUGGUUUGUUUAUUUUUGGUAAUUCUUAAUUUCCUUUGUAUCAGUUUUAUUUCUGGUGAAAUACUUUGCAUGGAUUUUUAGCAUGCAGUUUAAUACCUUAAUUGUCAUGGGGCAACAAUGACAGGCAGACCUAUUUAAAUAACAUUGUAAGAAAUUCAGCAUGGCAGUCAAUGUGUUAAAGAUAUAAUGAUCAUGUAGUCAUUUUUUAAUUAUUAUUGUUAUAACUGAAUACCUUGAAAGUGUCAAAUCUUAUUAUUAUUUUUUGAAGCUUUGGAUGUUUAUUGAAAAUACUAACCUAUGUUAUGGAAUGGUUGACUUAACUACUUUGAUAUCAUUUUUUCGAGUCGCAACUAUUAUUUGUAUUUUUGAGUUUGUAUCCAAUCUAUUGCCCUUAAAAAAAUUACUUAAAGAAACUAAUAAAAAAAAGUAAGUAUUUGAACAUGAUAUUUGAAACAGUAAAAAAAUAUUGUGAUUUAACAUUAACAAAAUUUAGUGAUAUUUAAAUUGGAGAGUUACUAAAACUGCAAGUUUAACUAAUUGUAAAUAAGUCAGAAAACUUUUCCAUAUUAUCUGAUGCUAAAAUGAACAAUUCACUCUUUUCACUAAAAAGUAAAUCUAUCUUCUGUCGAUUAAGUUAACAAAAAAAAAGGAAAUUGCUAUCAUACUAAAAGAAUUCUAUCAAUAUAGAAAUGUGAAAAUAAAGAUGCAAUUCCUCUUCCUUAAAAAAAUGAUGUAACUGAUUGUGUAUGCAUAUGGUAUAAAUUAUUGAGAUACAUUAAAUAUAUUUUGUGAAAUUUUGAUAUAUACAACUCUUUAGUGUAUUAUUCACAUUUUGCAUGCUGGUGCUUCACCCCCCCCCCUUCCCCUGAAAAAAUUGUUACCUGAAAAUAGGCACAGUGCUUUGACAGAUGAUUUAAGUUCCUAAUUGCUAAUUCUUUCUUUUGAUGUAAAUAUUAAAUAUUGAAUGGAGAGUUCAUGUAUGAAAAGCAAUAUAAAUUUGUUAAUGAAAGGUUAAUUUCUAUGCAUUAAUGAGUGACAUAUAUUUCAUUUGCAAAAUACCUAUUUUAUACAUUACUAACUACAAAUAUUAAUGCAAAUAAAUUGACUUGUGUAAUUUAUAAUGUGUUUUUACAUGAUUGGCCAUAGAAUAUAAGUUGAUAUAAUAAUGAAUAUAUAUUUUAUUAAUACAAUAAUAUAGUACUAGUGGCAUGGGAGUUUUAAUUUAAUAAUUGAUUUUCCAAAUUUGUAUUAUGUCUAUCACUUGAAAUUGUUUAAAUUCUUUUUUAAAUGAGAAGCAAAGAACACUAAGAUUUAGAAUGAAAAUAAUUUGAUGAAUCUUGCCAUGUAUUUUGAAUAAAUAGGUGCUAAUAAAUAAUGCACAAACUAUUGACAACAGUAAAAAAUAUAUCAGCAUUUAAAUUAUACAUAAAAAUGCGUUCAGUUUAUAGUUGAAUAAUUUGGCCCAAAAACAUCAUAUAUGGAUCUUCUAAAAAAGGAUAUAAAAUAGAAAUAACUGUAUUUAAUAAAAAUAAGUUUAAAUUUUAAAAAAUGAAUAGAUCAUUUUUUGUUCAUCAUUUUGUUUAUCAGUUAUUGUAAUAAAAAUAGUAAUAAAGCCUAAUAAUUGUAAAUUAAAAAGUAAUUUCAAAUCUUAAAUGCAAAAUUACACAUUAUUAAACAAAAAUAAGUAAUACCAAAUUUUGUUUCCGUAUUUUU